AGUAAAAUUUGUCACCAGUGGCGCUGAAGUCGACUUCAUUUUCUGUGAAAACACGCGUGUUUCUUUAUUUUCCCAAAAAUCCUAUAAAACACACAUAAAACAGACAAUGCCAGAACUGACGGAAAUCAAAAACACACCCGAGGCAUCCGCCCCAGAGGCUGAAGCUCGCCCCGAGGAGGAGGGAGGCAGUGAUACGGACUCUGAGGACACACUUCCAGAAUUGGAGGAUGCAGGGACUACGGCUACUCAGCUUGGUGGUGGGGCCACGGGGCUGCCCAUUGAUAUGGUCUCGAAGGCAAAACAGUCACGUGGAGAGAAGAAAGCCCGGAAGAUUAUGUCGAAAUUGGGUCUGAAGCCCAUUCAGGGCGUCAACAGGGUGACCAUCCGCAAGUCCAAGAACAUCCUCUUCGUGAUAAACAACCCAGAUGUCUACAAGAAUCCCCACAGUGACACCUACAUCAUCUUCGGAGAGGCCAAGAUUGAGGAUCUGUCGCAGCAGGCUCAGGUGGCAGCUGCUGAGAAAUUCAAGGCUCCGGAGACAUCGUCAGCUCCUGGAGAUUCUGCCGGAACCACAGCCACCGUGGCUCCAAUUGCCGAGGAGGAUGAAGAGGAAGUGGAUGAGACUGGAGUGGAUGAGAAGGAUAUUGACCUGGUGAUGUCGCAGGCCAAUGUCCCACGCGGAAAAGCCAUCCGGGCGCUCAAAAACAACAACAACGACAUUGUCAAUGCCAUCAUGGAGCUGACAAUGUAAAUCCUCUCCCUCCUGCUGUCUCCCUUCCUCCUUGCAUUUCUUGAUUACGGAGAAGAAUAAAUUUUAGAUCUUGAA